CAGAAAGUUAGCUUUAGUGGAACGCAGAAAGUUCCAUGUAGAAAUUCGAAACCACCACCCGGAAACCCAGACACCGCACGAGCCACGCACGCCACCGCUGUCCCCUCCCGCCGUCCCACCACCUCGCCCGCCGCCGUCGCCGGGGUCUUCCACCGCCGCCUCUCUCCCGCGUUCGCCGUACCCAGCUCCCCCAGCGCGCGCCUCACCCGCUACCGGCCCGGUCGCUUUCUCCGGGCGAGAUCCAGGUGUCCUUGGACCGCGACUGCGCCUCUCUGCCUCCUCCCGUUGGCGUCCUCGUCGAGUCGUCGUCCUCGUCCCCCCUGGACGCCGCUGGUGUGGAGUGGAGAUCCGAUCCGCCCGGACUUGAGGAGUUGAUUCCUUCUUUCGCUGAGCAUGAUCCUGCGGUGAGUGAGGCUAGCUCGCGCAAGCUGUUGGACUGGGCUUUUUCUUGGUUAACUGGUCAAGAGACGAGUUCUGACUAGCCGACAGCGCGAGAUGGACUCAAGCGCCGAAGUUGCUGAUGCUAUUGGUGCAAUGGGCAUUGACAAUGGGGCGAAUGGGAAGUAUCUGCCCAGUGAUAGGGUAGAGGGGCUUGGAGAAGAACACGAUGCGCUGGCCGAUGGGGCGCAUUCAGGCGAGAGUGAGGUGAUCAACCCGGCUGAAGAGGUGGAGGGGGAAGCCACCUCGCACUCGCAGGAUGUAAAGCCCCGUAUUUCUGAGGGAAGUCAAAGCCAUUCACCCAAGGUUGUUAAAGUUCAGCGACAGAGCCCACGAAGCGGAGAUAAGAGUCAAGCUAGGAAAAGCUCUCCCAAUCCUUCUUAUACUAAGGUGCCCAUUGCACGAGUUUCUGAUCCGGAUCUUGUUGAUCGCUCUUCAUGCAAUGGUGAUGCUGAUGUCAAUAAGAAAAAGGCCGGAAAGAGCAGUUUUCGCCCUGUUGCCAAGGAGAGUUCAUCAAUUGAGGACUCAAGGGAGAAGGAUAAAACUCAGAAGGCAUCAAACCAACGUUCUGUCAAAAAAGAGGAAGAACAAUCAAAUGACAGAACAAAACCUGAAAGGGUUGGCAGCACUCCUGCUUAUGGCUUUAGUUUCAAAUGUGAUGAGAGAGCUGAAAAAAGAAGAGAGUUUUACUCAAAGCUUGAGGAGAAGAUUCAUGCACAGGAAUUGGAGAAAAGCAACUUGCAAGCAAAAUCAAAGGAAACUGAAGAAGCUGAACUCAGAAUGCUGAGAAAGAGUUUAAAUUUCAAGGCAACCCCGAUGCCCAGCUUUUAUAAGGAACCACCACCUCCCAAGGUUGAGUUGAAGAAGAUCCCUACAACCAGAGCUAGAUCACCAAAGCUUGGCCGCUCCAAGAACACAACCUCAACAGGUGCAGAAGGAAAAACAAACCCUCCAACCCGUUCAGCUCGUAUGAGCCUUGACGAAAGGGUUUUGCAUAACGGUGUCAAGAAAGAACCUGCUGCAAAUGCAGUGAAGAAGCCCCAACGGAAAUCUCUCCCUAAAUUGCCAUCGGAGCAAACAGCUUCUGUUGGCAUCACAGUGUCUCUUUCAUCCGCAGAAGAGCUGGAAAACAGCAAGGCAUCGACAGAUCUCGUUCAGGAGCCGAUCCGUGCUCAAAUUACUCCUGAAGAACCUGGAUUCGGUGGGUAGAAAAACCUAUCAAGUCAGCUCCUAUGAAACGCGAGAGUUGUGCCUUAGCUUCCUUUACUACAUUUUGCUAUUUCUGCAGUAAACUGCUGGCUGGUAUCAUGUACUAAAAUUAGUUUUGUCACCAGGAGUUUGAAGAAUGACAAGUAACCCCUGUAUUGUUAUCUUGUCAAUUUUCCUUCGCAAUUCAAUGUAAGGGUGGCACAUGUUGUUUGUAGUUGGCAACGAUUGCACAUGACUAAAUCCUGUUUCCAGGGCUAGAAACUGCCUUUUCCGUAUCA